CCAGUAACCCAGUAAAGAGGCAGCCUUGCCGCCCCAGCGCGGCAAGGCUGCUCGGCCUCGCUGCGGUGAGAUUGUUAGUAGCAUGAGCAAUACGUGUGCUAGACAAAGACCGGAGAUGCCCGUCAACGGACGAAGUGAACCUUGCUCGUUAUCGGAAAAGACCUAUAUAAGACUUGUAAGUUGUAGCAAGGUCCAACAACACUGAGUCCUUCCGAUCAUCACCUAGCACAGUCCCAAUCGGAAACAUGACCUUCCACCCUGACUCGCUUCCCGAUCUGACUGGCAGGGUGUAUGUUGUGACAGGAGCAACAUCGGGCGUAGGCUACCACACCGCCGCUCGCCUUGCCGAACACAAUGCCCACGUCUUCAUCUGCGCGCGCACAGCCGAAAAAGGCUCUGCCACCUUGUCCCGGAUUCGCAGCACAUCUCCCGCAGCGACCCUUAGCGUCCUUACAAUGGACCACGAGCGUCUAUCCAGCGUAGUUGAAGCCGCGAAGCAGUUUGUAUCGUCGCAAAAUCGCCUCGACGGCCUCAUCAACAAUGCUGGCAUUAUGGCAACGCCGUUCGCGCUGACAGCUGACGGAUACGAAGCGCAAUGGCAAACGAACUACCUUGCACACUACGUAUUUACCUUCCACUUGCUCCCUGUAAUGCUCCGAACUGUACAACGAGCAGCGCAUGCCGGUGCAUCUCCUGGGAGCGUACGUAUCGUCAACCUUUCGUCGUCAGGCCACUAUCUCUCUGCGCCAAAGGAAGGCAUAGUAUUUGCCGACACCAACUUAGAACAUGCAAGCGGUAUGACCCGUUAUGGGCAGUCGAAGCUUGCCAACGUCCUUCACACCAAGACGCUGAACAAGCUGUACGGCCCGGAUUCACCAUCCGCGAGAGCCGGAGAGGGCGAGGUUUGGGUCACGGCUGUAAAUCCUGGCUUCGUGAAGAGCGAACUGGGCGUCAAAGCGGAUUUGCCACUGUAUAUGAGUAUGGCGGCUAUGGCUUCUCGAUGGUUAGGAGCUGAAUUUGACACGGACAGAGGGAGCUGGACGAGCUUGUACUGCGCUGCUAGCGCGGAUAUGAGGAAAGAGGAGAGCGGAAAGUACUUUCAGCGUAUUGCAGAUCCAAACGGAAAGUUGAGCUCAAGCGCAAAAGAUGAACAGCUUGCAGCUGAUCUAGAAAAAUGGACAAAAGACGUGCUACGUCAAGGCGGAUGGCUGGAAUAAGCAGCCAGAGUUUGAUAUCCACCAUAUGCAGAUCUCAUUAUAACAUCAAGGACGACUCAUGAC